CAUUUUGUGUAGAGCAGAACCCUCACUAUGCAAGCAUUGGGUAAUUGCAAUGAGCAAUUCCUCCACUAGAACUGGAACAUCAUCAAAACCGAGGGCAGCUUCCUCGCAACCAUCAGAAACUUCAUCCAAGCGCAAAAGAGGAGUUUUCCAAAAAGAAUUGCAGCACAUGAUGUAUGGCUUUGGAGAUGACCCUAAUCCACUUCCUGAAAGUGUGGCACUUAUGGAGGACAUUGUUGUGGAAUAUGUCACAGAAUUGGUACAUAAAGCCCAAGAUAUUGGAUCUCAGAGGGGGGAACUAUCAGUGAGGGAUUUCCUCUAUUUGAUUCGCAAGAACUCUACAACUAAGCGUGCUUGACUUGGAGUAAUAUCG